GCUACACAGGAAGCAGUUCUUUGAACCACCUACUGUUGCAUUUUGGGUAGACGGAAAACGCUCCAAAAGAGACGAGAAAGCGACGAGGGCACGUUGCAGAGUCGUUCAAGAAGAAAGAAAUAACGACAAAGAAAUCAGUUUUCAAGACAGAAUCAAGGAAGGCGAUUAAAAAUGUCUAUCGGUGUGCCAAUCAAAGUCCUGCAUGAGGCAGAGGGACACAUUGUGACCUGUGAGACAAACACUGGAGAGGUGUACAGAGGCAAGCUUAUUGAGGCUGAGGACAACAUGAACUGCCAGAUGUCCAACAUAACAGUGACUUAUCGUGAUGGCCGGGUGGCACAGUUGGAGCAGGUGUACAUCCGUGGCAGCAAGAUUCGAUUCCUGAUCUUGCCUGACAUGUUAAAGAAUGCCCCCAUGUUAAAGAGUAUGAAAAACAAGAACCAGGGAUCUGGCGCAGGAAGAGGCAAGGCAGCUAUUCUCAAAGCACAAGUGGCUGCGAGGGGACGGGGCCGUGGUGGAAUGGGAAGAGGCAACAUCUUCCAGAAGAGACGAUAACUGCCUCAGCUGUGUUAACAUAUUUUCACUGUAUAGUUUUUAAUUUUGUCUUCUUUUGAUUGGAUAUCUUUGGUAUUUUUUGCAAUCCUGUACUCUGCAGUUUAUUGCUUUACUUUCAUUUUUUUUUAAUGAAAAUAAACCUAUUUCCAUUUGA